AUGAUAACAAUGGAGUGUCAGCCAGGUGGUCACGGGGGGCCUCUGGGACACUCCAUGAUGUUAGAUCCAUCGGGAGGUGGAAUGCAUCAGCAGGAUUCCGAUCACAAGAAGAAACUCUUUUCAGGGGACGGUGGUUCCCACGUUGGAUCUUCUUCAAGUGAUGGCCAUGGAGGCGUCAACCAACUGGGUGGAGUCUUUGUGAACGGUAGGCCUUUGCCGGACGUUGUGAGGCAGAGGAUAGUGGAAUUAGCUCAUAACGGAGUCCGGCCCUGUGACAUUUCUAGGCAAUUGAGGGUGUCCCAUGGGUGUGUUUCCAAAAUUCUUUCAAGAUAUUACGAAACGGGUAGCUUUAAAGCCGGUGUGAUCGGCGGUUCAAAACCAAAAGUGGCAACACCACCAGUGGUCGACGCCAUAGCAAAUUACAAAAGGGAAAAUCCCACCAUGUUCGCCUGGGAAAUUCGUGAUAGGCUUCUAGCUGAGGGAAUUUGCUCCCAAGACAAUGUACCUAGUGUAUCUUCAAUUAAUAGGAUUGUAAGAAACAAAGCUGCCGAGAAAGCAAAGCAUGCGCACCAAAUAGCGACAAGUAAUGCUGCCUCAUCAGUUAGUGGAGGACCUGUAUCUGUGAUCGCGCAUGCGCCAGCAACCCAACUGAACGAACCCAGAUCGGGGGCUUAUAGUAUUAAUGGUAUUUUAGGUUUACAACACGAUCCAAAUGGCAAUAGUAUAAAGAGAAAAAGGAUAGACGACCAUGACGAAAAUAAGGAUAUAAAUGGACACCCGGAAGAUGAUUUCAAGAGGCAGAGAUCGCAUUAUAAUGGCGACCAACUUUAUUCAAAUCUAUGGCCGCCAAGUAAAUGGAACAUCAAAGAUGAACACAAAUUGCUCUCGGAGCUUGGUGGUGCGGGCACCACAACGGGACAAUCGGGCUACUACGACACACAUGCAGGUUUUGGUGUUAGCAACGUUAGUUCCGCGUCGGACAUCUACGAUACGAUCAACACCAUGAGCCAAGCGACAUCACAAAACCUGUAUACACCUCCGUUGGCUGGAUCAUUAGCUGAAACUAGUUCACCAUACAGUGGCGUUGUCGGUCUGGGUCCAGCAGUGGACGGGUCAUCGCCUGGGUUACCGCUCGCGUUACCCGCAGAACCCGGAAGUCAACCCGCCUCGCAUACAGGAUCACCCGAUCCUGCAGCGCUUACGGUGCUCCAGCCUUCCAAUGGAGCAUCGCAACAUUACACUACGAUGUUACCAAAUUUUGGGUACUCAACCACAGCGGGCACCACCAUGGUACCAGGGACUGAUUACGCUUACAGUACGGCUUACAGUCAGUAUGGAGCAGCAUACGGAACUUACGGAUAUGGUAGUGCGUCUAGCGGGUUACUCAAUAGUGCGUACUACUACAACAACGAUAUUACCCCACAUGGAAUUAGCAAUGAAACACAACUAGGUUUCGUAAACUCAAAUACAAACACAGACCAAAGCAGUCGGAGCCCUCUAGCGGCGACUAGAGCAAAUUCUCUUGCAUCAGCCAACUCGCCAACUGAAAGUGGCAGCGCUUGUUUGAAAACAGAGAAUAUCUUUACUCACGAUCUGAACUUAGCCUAA